AUGCUAAAAGCUGAAUGGAAAACAAUAUAUCCAUUAUGUGAAUUCUGCAAAAGUAAUAGGAAACAUAAUUUAAAAGGGCUCAAAAUUUUUAUUCCAUUAAAUAAUAGUAAUAAUGAGGAAGAAAAUAAUGAAGGCU